GGGAAUGGUAGUUCCAGAGAGCAUGGAAGACUGGGUAGACGACAUCAUGGCUCCACGGAUCAUUAUAAAAGGACCGGGGUUCUGACACGUCGGACUCUUCCCCCUUCUUCAUUCAAAGAUCGCUGCGAAGUAUAACACAACUCGAACAAAUCACACACCUUCUUCUUAUCUCUAUACCAACUCACUCACCUACCCAGUCCUACAUUACGAAGAAGAGAAAAGACAAAAUGGCCCUCAACGGAAAAGUUGCCCUCAUCACCGGCGGCGUCAAGAACCUCGGCGCCGCCGCCGCCCGUGAGCUGGCCAGCUCCGGCGCAAACCUCGCCCUCCAUUACCACUCCGACAGCAGCAAGAACGAUGCCGCGACGCUGGAGGCCGAGCUGAAAAAGUCCUACCCCAGCAUCAAGGUCGCGUUCUAUCAGGGUAACCUGACUUCCGCCGGAGCCGUGACGAAGCUCUUCCAGGAUGCGCUGAAGGAGUUCGGAAAGAUUGAUAUCGUCGUCAAUACGGUGGGCAAGGUGCUUAAGAAGCCUAUUACUGAGAUCACGGAGGAGGAAUAUGAUACUAUGUUUGCGAUCAAUUCUAAGACGGCGUUCUUCAUUCUCAAAGAAGCUGCUGCGCACGUCACGGAUGGAGGCAAGAUCAUCACGAUCGUCACGGCCCUCCUCGGUGCUUUCACGGGAUACUAUACUUCCUACGCUGGUAGCAAGGCUCCUGUCGAGCAUUUCACUCGAGGCGUCUGUAAGGAACUCCAAUCCCGCCGCGUCAGUGUCAACAACAUUGCCCCGGGGCCAAUGGACACCCCCUUCUUCUACCCCCAGGAAUCCCCUGAGGCUGUCGAGUUCCACAAGUCCAAUGGUAUGGGCAACCGUCUGACCAUGGUCGAGGAUAUCGCUCCGAUUGUUCGGUUCCUCUGCACGGAGGGCGCCUGGAUCACGGGCCAGACCAUCUUCGCUAACGGUGGAUAUACUACUCGCUAAGGUGGGUGAUUGAUGUGGAAUGAAUGUAUGGUGUUAUGACAAUGCCGGAGGUGUAUGUGGUUUUAUAAUGUGGUUAAGAUAUCAGGAGCUUGAAUAGUGGGUUAGCUUUUGGAUAAUACGACUGCCCUUUUGCUUCGGAGGACUCCCUGGGUAUAGCUACAGUUUCCAGAAUAAGGCUCCAUUGAAGAAUGAUGACAAUGGCC